CCAGUCAUAGAAAUUGGAAAAAGAACACAAGGGUGUAUAUAUAUGUGGCCCUUGAAAUUGAUAGUAAGUAAAGAGAUACAGUUUCAUUCACUUGCUCAAAAGCUUUUAAAAGAUCCCAAUAUUCUAAAAUUCACAAAAGUAAAAUCCAUGAUCUUCCUUAUGAAUCAUAUAACAGCCUCCACUACUGAUCAAUAUUCUUGCGAUGGGCGUACUGCUCUUCAGGAUUCUUGCUUUCUCAAAUCUUGUUUCUUCUGCAAGAAGCCUCUUCGCCUUGACAAGGAAGUGUACAUGUACGGGGGUGAGCUGGGCUUCUGCAGUGUGGAUUGUAGGAAUAAACAGAUAUACUUGGAUGAAAUGAAAAAUAUUGAGACUCAUACUAAGACAAUUCUUGCAUCUAUACACCAACGUCAACAGGCUGGCCAGUGUAGUGAAAAUACCGUUCUAUCGGAGGAUUGCCGGCAGCGUGGCAAGCCAUUGUCGUGUACUAAGAAUCGAGUUACAUUCACAAUCUCAUCGUCGAUAAAUCAUCAAUAACAUAUAGGAGUAAUACUAUUUAAUUUAGAUUAUAUAUAGUCGCGGUUUCAAAAUUUAAGGUUAUGAAUUUUGUAUCAUAAACGUUUGAGUAAAUUAUUUAUAAAUAUUAAGUGAAUGUCGGAACAAAUAUAAAAUU